AUGGCAAUCCACACACCCAACCCACCCUGUCAGCCUUUGCGCACAUCGGGGGAGGCAAUUGUCAAUGCUGCUGGACAGCGCGUUGUGCUCAAGGGGACAGCUCUCGGUGGAUAUUCGAACAUGGAGAAUUUCAUUACCGGCUAUUCUGGUCAUGAACAUGAGCACAGGGCAGCACUUGCUUCAGUUCUAGGCAAAGAAAAGGCACAAUUCUUCUUCGACCGCCUACUGUACCAUUUCUUCACAGAAGCUGAUGCAGAAUUCUUUGCAUCGCUUGGUAUGAACUGUAUUCGUAUCCCGUUAAACUAUCGCCACUUCAUUGACGACCAAAAUCCAACCCAUUUCAAGAAGAAGGGAUUCGAAUUGCUUGACCGCGCUGUCAACAUUUGUGCAAAAUACCACUUGUAUGUCGUCCUCGACCUUCACGCUGUUCCGGGAGGUCAGAACCAGGACUGGCACUGCGACAGUGGUUUGAACAAGGCAUUAUUCUGGGACUUUCGCGUUUUCCAAGACCAAGCUAUCGAGCUAUGGAUAGCCAUUGCUGCACACUACAAUGGAAACCCUGUGGUCUGUGGUUAUAAUCUCCUGAACGAACCAGCGGAUUCCCAGCAUGUUCGCUUGAUCUCAUGGUAUGAGCGUGCGGAGAAAGAGAUCCGAGCUGUAGACCCAGAAACAAUACUUUUCAUCGACGGCAACACAUACGCAAUGGACUUUACCUGCUUCCAGAAUGUGCUUUCUAACUCCGUCUACGCAUGCCACAAUUAUGCAAUGUUCGGUUUCCCAAUUCCAGGACAGCCUCUCUACACCGGAAGCGAAGACCAAAAGAACAAACUCAUACGACAAUUCGACCGGAAGAUGUUGUUCAUGCGAGAAAAGAAGGUUCCGAUCUGGAAUGGUGAAUUCGGUCCAGUAUAUGCAAAUGAGCAUACCGACCCAGAGGCAGCGAAAACCAACAGUUCGCGUUAUCAUAUGCUGCAAGAUCAGCUCGAAAUAUACGCACGGGAUCAAGUAUGUUGGAUUAUUUGGCUCUACAAAGAUAUCGGUUACCAAGGCAUGACGUAUGUUGGCCUAGACACGCCAUGCAUGAAGCUCAUCGCGCCCUUUGUUGCCAAAAAGCAAAAGCUUGCUCUCGACUUUUGGGGCGUCGUUGACAAGGAUGGUGUCAAAGACGUAUACGAGCCAUUCAUUGCAGGUCUGAAAAACAUGGUCCCCGAGCAUCUGCAAAAGAAGAUGUACCCCAAUACCUGGAUAUUCGAUAGGCAGGUAGAGAGAGCCGUCCGAGAAGGCCUUAUGAGCGAGUAUCUUGGUUGGGAAUUCGCUGAUUUAUUCGAGGGUAAGACUGAGGAAGAGCUCGAGGAGUUGGCAAAGAGUUUUGCUUUCGAAAACUGCAUCAAGCGUGAUGGGUUGAACAUGAUCUUGCAAGAAGAUGGCCGUAAGACAGCAGCACCCUGA